CAUAUAAAAUCCCCAGAAGAAGAAUCGACCACAAUCACAUUCACAACUUCAAAUAGGCUAGCUAGGUACUUGGCCAAAGCGGAAACGGGGGUAAAGAUAAGUAUAUCAAGCUAAUUUAGCAUAGAUAAGAGAACUGUUUUGUCAUUUUCGGCGUUCAGCAUUAAAGGGCGAACUGUGGUCCUUGCGCUGAGUAGGAAUCAUUUCUGUUGCUAGUUAUCAGUGGUUAGCUCGCUAGCUGUCUUUCGAGGUCAUUCUCGGCAGUGUGUAUUGUUAGAUAACGGUACAGAAAUAUUUUUUUAGAGACACUGCAUAGGCUUGACUAGGUAGCUCGCCAACUAGUUACACAGCCCGCUAACCUUUUAGCUAGCUAACUACCGUUAACUGAAAGCCGUCCCCAGUUGGAAAGAAGGAGAAAUGAAGAGUCUUCCGUAUUUCUCCCGAGGGGAAGUCGUUCGAGGAUUCGGACGAGGAAGCAAAGAACUAGGGAUUCCCACAGCCAACUUCCCAGACUCAGUGGUGGAGCACCUCCCUGGCGACAUCAGCACAGGGAUCUACUAUGGCUGGGCAUGCGUGGGCAGCGGAGACAUCCACAAGAUGGUGAUGAGCAUCGGCUGGAACCCCUACUACAAAAACACCAAGAAAUCCAUGGAGACUCAUGUGAUACACACAUUUAAGGAAGAUUUCUAUGGACAGAUCCUCAGUGUAGUCAUGGUGGGCUACAUCCGUCCAGAGAGGAGCUAUGACUCGCUUGGUAAGAAUGCCCUCAUAGCAGCAAUCAACCAUGACAUUGAGGAGGCCAAGAGAAACCUGGAGCUCCCAGAACACCUCAAACUCAAAGAGGACAACUUCUUUAGAGCCACCGCCAGCACGUCCAUGACAACAUCCAACAAGAUCAUGAACGGCCACUGACUUCUGAACAACUAAUGGGCUCUCCUGUAUGUUAUCCUCUGCUCUGUCUUUCUCUCUGUAAUCACUACCACACCAAUGGCCAAUAUGCUACUUAUUCAGUCCUCUGUAGAGAUUUUGUUUUGAGGAUCAAAUCUUUGUAUCUGAUCUGAAGCUACAUUUAGACCAUGGUCGUGUUCAUUAGGGCACAAUACCAAAAACCAUUACAAACUUUUUCCAAUGGAGAACAAGUUUCUUUGUCGGACAAGUUUGGUGCCUAAUGAACACGACCCAGUUAAUGCAAGAUAAUGUGCAUCUCCAGGAAGUGAAUGUGAUCUUUGUGUGUUGAGGGGGAACAAAUUGUCUCUCGUCACAAGCCCUGUACCAUCAAACCACUGCUAAUAGAAAUGAAUGGUCAUUUUGUAUUGGUUUAGAAUUGGAGUUUAGUCUCAGCUUUGCCGUCGAAGUUUAUUCAUCCUUUUCAUAUUCAGAUGUAUUAAAUGUCUGCCUUGAAGCAGAGAAGUCCUCAACGUAUAUUGCAUGUAAUCUAGGCUAAAUAAUUGCAUUAUACACUUCGCUGAAUUCAAGUGCUUUUAUUUGAUGUACAGUAUGGCUAGUUUUUAUAAUAUAUUACUGUUUUCGUAGACCAAUCUGUGAAUGAGAGUAUCUAUUCCCUGUCCCUACCCCCUCUGAUUUUGAGAUACAUUGGUUGGAGAAAAUGUCAAUGUAGCUUCAGCUUUCCGAUGUCCUUCAUUUGUAUAGUUCCUCAUUGGUCAAAUCCAGCAUUUUACCUCCCCACAAAUGAGGGACAUUUUAUUUAAGUUUUGUGAGGGAGAAAAUAACCAAAUGGCCCCACUUAAGUGUCUGAAAGUUUCAACAAUGUAGUUUUUACUGACUUAACCAUGUUUGGACCCUAAUUCCACUGAGAUGAGCAAUGAUAUGGUACAAGAGGAGUAAGUCCAGGCCUCUGAUUCUCUACAGCUGUGUGUUUUUUUUCUUUCUCUUUGUCAUUUUCUCAGAGGACAGAGGAGUGUUGAGAGCAUACAUAUGUAGUGCUUUAUAGCUGCUGUAAAUAGCCUAGUUGUUAAAAAUUAUUUUAGUUAAUGUGAUUUGAGAUGUACUGUAUUUAAGAGUCUCUAAUAUUGGCAGAGGAAAAAACAUGGCUAUUCAUAAUAUAUUACUGUUUUCGUAGACUGACUCUGGAAAUAAGUGACUAUAUUCCUCUCAAAGAUAUCCUGGCCUUUUUAUUGCAGCUGACCUUAAAUUCCCCUUCAUGCAGAAAAUGUACUGUAUGUAGUAAGCAGUUGAUAGAUGCAUAUGUAAAUCGAUACAAUGACAUAUUGAACGCUAUGCAAAUGGCUGAGAUAAGCAUCUCGCCUAGCACCUAAAAGUCCUUAGGGAAGGUUUCUGGUUAGAAUAGUGACUCGGAGCACCAGUUGUAGAAGAGGGGACUAAUUAUUGUGUUCCCCAGACCUAGUACUGGUUGGCAGUACUGUGCCUUAAUACCACAUUCACACACAUAUUGUCACAGCCCAACAUAUACAUUUUCUCACAAACAAACACAGCAGAAUCUGUGCUAAUUGAAACCCAGGGCACCCCAUUGUCUGACUAAUCUGACUUUUCCUAUCAUCAGUUUGUUGUGGACAAGCACCAGGGAAGAGGAUUGGUAAAACAUGGCUUCUACAUGUAUUAUCUUAGCAUCCAACCAUGUAAAGAUAUUAUAAGCAGUUAUUCCAUUAAACCAGUAUACUUUUAUCUUGUAACGUUAGCUAUCACCAUACUACUGUAGUAAAACAUACAGUGAGCAAACACAACUCAAGAAGGGACAUUUUGUUUGUCUCUGUUUUUCCCAGCUCCAGUUUUCAGCCUGUAAUGGCAUUACUCUGAAGACCAAGGUCUGGUUAAUGAGGUCAGUGUACUCUGUGGUAAUUGUAUAAACAAUACAAACCUCCCCAGACCAUGAAGCAGCUCGUUUUGUAGCUUGUGUUUUGAUCGUUGUGCCCUUUAUAUACGUACUGGUCAGAGAUGUUCUAUAAAUCAGUGUAGCUAGAAGCUCUCAUUGAACUAUCCAAAAACAUGGCUCAUAUUUCUGAUCAAGUAGCCUAUGCAUUAGUGUUGGAUUAGCUAACUACUCCUCGAAGGCAUCUGGUAGUAAUAGUGUUGUAGGGUUGCUCUCCAGUUUGGCACCGAACCACCACCCUCAGCCAACAUAUGAUCUCAUCACUAAACAAGGAAAACAUUUAGCUCAGUUGAGACUGCUUAGUAGAAUCAGACAAUGUCAUGAACCAGUGUCACCUGAUUCUUCUCCACUUUUGUUCUUCCAUUUGUAUUCUGCUUUUGUUUGUUCCUUUAUAAAGUGUGUGAUGGCAGAAUGUUAAUUGUUCCCAAAAUAUGUUUUAGCUAGAUAGGCCUCCUUGUAAAUCAUUGAACUUCUUUCCAAGUAACUCUUGGAUUUUCCAGACCUCCAGUACAAAAAAGAUUUGACAGUUAUUUUGUAUGUAACAAAAUCAGACCAUGCAAUGCUGUAAUUGUUGAUGAAGUAACAUGUCCUGAGUUAUAGUUUUGAAUUAAAAAAAUAUGAGAAAGCGUAACUGUAUUUUUGUCAUCACAGUUAACCAUGGGUCUGUGUUCAGGGACCCAUUGUGUGUGUUGGGCUCAUUUUCAGAACCUUGCUGUAUGAUCCUGCUUGAAGUUUUAUGGCUCUAUUCAAUCUAUAAAGCUGAAGCGAUGCGGCUGCAAUAGAGCCCUUUUUCUUAUUAAACGUACAAAGAUGCAUGUCUCGUCUCACCCUCUCGUUGCUCAAAUUCGAUCAGCUUUCAGUGCUAUUGUAUAUUUUAUGGUGGGGUAGGACAUUUCUGCUUCAUUGGAAAUUGAGUUGUUGCAAGUAGUUUCUUUCCAGGAAUUACACUACAUACAUUGUUAUUGAAUAUGGUUCCUUAAAAUGCAUAAACAAAUGCAUAAAAUAUCACAACACAAGUAAAUGUCUGGUUACAUAUGUGGCCUCGGAGGGCCAUGAGACAACACACUGUAUGUUUGGGAUAGCCUACUCUGUCAAUAACAAGGGACAAGAAGUAUCAAAGCUGUGUCUGAAAAUGUUAUUUUCCAUCAAAUCCUUGUUUUCUUAGUCCUUGUCUCCUCAAUUCCUCUGAAAGCUCUUUGGAGGAGGUCUCAGGGAGAGGCUGGAUUUUCUCAUCCAAUGCACUUUGGCCCGAUUCCAACCCGAGUUAAGUGUGCAUAAAUGGAAUGUUAAUCCCUUUUAUGCACUUUUCUCUGUGUAUUCUGACCUUGAUCUUAAGCAUGAGAAAAUCAUGCUAUUCACCUGCUUAUUGUUGUGGGUGGAGAUUUAAUAAAUGGAGGCGUGUUACAGCUA